UUUAUACUUUAGGAGGCGCUAGGGUUUGCUUUUCAUCUUGUUCUCGUCACUCGUCCUUCGUCGCUUUUCCUCGUCUCCAUUUUUUGUGGCCGCUUCGGCUUCGCGUGAUCAGAUUGGGGUUGUUUUAAGCUAUAUUGGCUUUUCGCUCAGAUGGCGCCAAAGAAGCCCAGAACCACUAGCCGGAACCAAGAUCUGAUCCGCGGGAUCGGUAAGUUUUCGCGAUCGAAGAUGUAUCACAAGCGCGGCCUUUGGGCCAUUAAAGAGAAGAACGGCGGCGUCUUUCCUCGCCAUGAGCCGAAGGCUAAACCGGAAAAGCCUGCGGAGAAGCCACCGAAGUAUUACCCAGCCGACGAUGUGAAGGUUUCUUCUCGUGUUCACCGCAAGCACAAGCCGACCAAGCUUAGGGCUAGUAUCACGCCGGGCACGAUACUGAUUCUUCUUGCCGGGAGGUUUAUGGGAAAAAGGGUGGUUUUCUUAAAGCAGCUACCUUCUGGAUUGCUUCUGAUUACUGGUCCCUUCAAGAUCAAUGGAGUUCCCCUUAGGCGUGUAAAUCAGGCUUAUGUCAUCGGCACAUCAACGAAGGUUGAUAUAUCUGGGGUCAAUGUUGAUAAAUUCACUGACAAAUUCUUCAGCAAAGAAAAAGAAAGGAAGAAGAAGAAGACCGAGGGCGAGUUUUUUGAAGCUGAUAAAGAGGAGAAGAAAUCUCUACCCCAAGACAGGAAAGAUGAUCAGAAAGCAGUGGACGAGCCAUUGCUGAAAGCUAUAGAUGCAGUAUCCGAUCUUCGUUCUUAUCUAGGUGCCAGAUUUUCUCUCAAAGACGGCAUGAAACCUCAUGAGCUCAAAUUCUAGAUUUCCUUCACCAUAUCUUAUGAUUGAGUUGCUAGUUUAUUAGAGAUGCGCUUGUUAUUCUUCUCUAGUGCUGAAAUAUUGUCACGUUUCUGUUCUAAACUGUUUUUAUUCCUCCAUUAGUUUCAACUGCUGCGUUAAACUUUGUUUUAGAGCUUUUGUUUUCCUAUCAAUGGAUAUGAGUUUUGUUGGCUUAAUGAAGAACUUAACAUGUUGUUUCAGUGUGGUUUUAUUA